UCGUGCAACUUUUAAGUUCCCAUGUAGCUACUUUCUACUAUAAUAUAAACCACAUCAGUGUAUGUGUUCAACCAUUCAAAGCUUCUCCGGCAAUUUAUAACCACCACCUGAAAAAGGCAAUAAUGAUGAUGAUGUGCAAACUGCAAGCUCAUGCAUCCUUGUUACAAAUGCCCAUCAACUUGUCGCUGCUCCGGCGACGUCCACAAAAAGAAAAGGUUGUGGUGGUAAUGGGCGCCACUGGCACCGGAAAAUCAAGACUGGCCGUCGACAUCGCCACUCGCUACCCCGCAGAGAUUAUAAACUCCGAUAAAAUGCAAGUCUACGAAGGCUUAGACAUCGUCACCAACAAAAUCACCGACGAAGAAAGCGACGGCGUGCCUCAUCACCUCAUUGGAAUAGUAGAUUCCGACGCGGAUUUCACCUCCUCUGACUUCGUUAGCACCUCAUCAGUCGCAAUGAAAUCCAUCGUCGGUAGAAAUAACCUCCCGAUUAUCGCUGGAGGGUCGAAUUCAUUCAUAGAAGCAUUGGUUGAUGACCGGAAUCACGAAUUCCGGUCGAGUUACGAUGUUUGUUUCUUGUGGGUCGACGUCGCAAUGCCCGUGCUCGAACAAUUCGUUUCCGCCCGAGUCAACCGUAUGGUGGCGGAGGGGAUGGUGGAUGAAGUUAGAAACUUGUUUAAUCCAAAUUCUGAUUACUCGAAAGGAAUCCGGCGAGCCAUCGGAGUGCCGGAAUUCGAUAGUUUUUUCCGCUCAGAAUACUCAUCUUCUACCGACGAAAAAGUUCGAUCAAAUUUACUAGAGUCCGCCAUUAACGAAACAAAGAUCAACACAUGCAAACUCGCAUGCCGGCAAUUAAGAAAAAUUCACCGGCUAAAAAACAUCAAAGGGUGGAAAAUCCACCGGCUGGACGCCACCAAAGCCUUCCAACAAAACGGUAAAGACGCCGACGAUGCAUGGGCUGAGCUAGUGGCAGUACCGGGAUCCGCCAUCGUCAGCCAGUUCAUCCACGACUUUGAUCAUUCACGAAUUUUCACCACCGCCAAGUCAGCCGGCGGCGGCAGGGUGAUCAGAGAAUUUGAACGGAGAACGGCGGUGGCUACAGACUACAGUGCGUCGCUAGUUUGAAAAAAAAUAUAUUCCGUGACCAAUUUGCACAAAUUAUAUUAUUUUGGGCGUUUCGGGUUUUGCCCACGAAUAUACUUCACAAGCAUUAGUGUGUUGUACCGUACAAUACGGUUAUGCACAAUCGGGAAGUGAAAAGGCUGACUUGCCGAUGUAGAGUAGGAAUAAUAAUAAUUGGGUGAAAUUAUUAUUAUUUGUGUGACAGUGUAUGUAUGAUCUGUAAAUUUAAUGUAUAAAAAAACAAUACAAUGAAUCUAUACUUCUGUACGGCUAUUCUUUGCUCCA